AUGGGAGAUAGUUCUAGACCUACAACUGUAGCGGAAACAGAACUCUCAGCUGAGGAUGCAUGUGAAAAACGUGGAGAAGAUGUACAUCUCUUUGGUGUAGAGGAUCAAAUCCCACUUUGUGCAGUCUGCAGGGAAUCUGAGGCUCAUGAAUCACACACUGUGGUUCCCCGGGAACAGACAGCAAGUACGAGAAACCAGGAGACUGGAUGCUCACAGAGUGGGUGGAAGGAAGGUUCACGGCUGAGCACUUCUGGAAACUCAAACCCAACAUCUGGCUCCAAAGGCAAAGGAGAGGAACUCAGUGGGAAUGAGAAGGACCACACAGAUGAGCUGAUGCUGAUGGAGCAGUGGGUUGACUUCAACUUCAGUGAUAGCAAGGAAGAAGGAGCUCAAUCAAACUCCAGGACCCAAAACUCUAUCACUUUGAUCGUUCUGGUACUAUUCACCAUCCAGAUUGUGGGCUUGAUAACAACUAUCUUCGUUUUUACGAUGGCGAAACCCGACUUGCCAUCCUCCGUCACGGCCAGCCCUUGUUGCCCGCCUGGCUGGAUCACGGCCCAAGGGAGCUGCUUUCGCUUCUUGGACCUGGAAGGGGCCUGGGACGCCGGCCAGCAGCACUGCUCCUCCCUCGGGGCCUCCUUGGCGGUGAUUGGUAACGUAGAGAGACUGAGUGUUGCAGUGCGCCUCCAAGGACCCUCCGACCACUGGGUGGGCCUCCUCAGACAACCAGGCGAGAGCUGGAAAUGGCUUGAUGGUACCACGUUCAGCAACCAGUUUGAAGUGGAAGGAGAUGGGCAGUGUGCUUAUCUAAACAAUGGGGUUGUGAACAGCACUGACUGUUCCAUGGAGAAGAAAUGGCUGUGCAGCCAGAGAGCGAGACAAGAGAGGAGCCCCGGCCGCUGCAGGGGAACGUGAAAGCGAAUGGACUGAGCUUGCAUCAAAGGAGCUACCAGUGCCUUCCCAAGUUAUGAGCUGCCACUUGCGUGCGUGUGCGGUGGUA